AGAGAAUACAGGGUAGCAUUACAUAAGGAACUCCCAUGGCCAUUGCUACGACUUCCUACUUCAUCUCACGAACGCUCCUCUUCUCCUCCAAGAAGCUCUCAUCCACCAUGAGUAUGGCUUCCAAAACCAUACACUCCUCGUCACAAUCUAUUACUCCUUCUUCCUCUCCUUCCCUGAAGAUUGUGGACUCCCAUCUCCAUGUCUGGGCUUCUCCCCAAGAGGCUGCAGAGAAGUAUCCUUAUUUUCCGGGCCAGGAGCCUUCGAUCCCUGGAGACGCUGAUUUCUUGCUCAAGUGUAUGUCGGAAGCAGGAGUGGAUGGUGCUCUCAUCGUGCAGCCCAUAAAUCAUAUGUUUGACCAUUCUUUAGUAACUAGUGUUUUGAAGAGGCAGCCAUCAAAAUUCAUUGGUUGUUGUCUUGCAAAUCCCGCGGAAGAUGGAAGUGGGAUUAAGCAGCUUGAAGAUCUAGUUCUGAAGGAUGGAUAUUGUGCUGUUCGUUUCAACCCAUAUUUAUGGCCUUCUGGUCAAAAGAUAACAAAUGAAAUUGGUAAAGCAAUGUUUUCGAAAGCAGGAGAACUUGGCAUACCAGUUGGAAUUAUGUGUAUGAAGGGUCUUAGUUUACACAUUUCAGAAAUAGAGGAGCUAUGCACAACCUAUCCUUCAACUGUUGUGUUACUUGAUCACAUGGCUUUCUGCAAACCACCAGUAAAUGAUGGAGAACGAGAAACCUUCUCUGCACUGCUAAAUCUUUCCAGAUUCCCACAGGUUUACGUGAAGUUCAGUGCCCUUUUCCGCUUGUCAAGAAAACCAUAUCCAUAUGAAGAUACUGGAGAACUUCUUUCCCAAGUGAUCUCCAGCUAUGGGGCGAACCGAGUCAUGUGGGGAAGCGAUUUCCCCUAUGUGGCUUCAGAGUGCGGCUAUAAAGAGGCAAAGGAAGCUGUCUCUCUUAUUGCAAGUCAGAUACAUGUUUCAUCAUCCGAUUUGGAGUGGAUUAUGGGCAGAACGGCGAUGCAACUCUUCGAACACUCCUAGAAAUAUUGAACAAAAUUGAAGUAAUUAUUACAAAAGAAAGAGGGAGGGAUAUUUGGUAUGUAUAGAAUUUUAAGCAUGAGUAAACAACAAUAUUUUGAGGAAUAAACACUCAAGAUAACAAGCUGAAGCAAUUGCCACCAA